AUGUUCCGUCAAUCGUUUUCCACUUCCCUUUCCCACUCUCUCCGCACCUCCCGUUCAACGGUUUCUCCUGCUCGCCUCCUUAUCCGCCGAACCUCAUCCCCACGUUCUCUCCCCCCUUCUAAUCGGUCUUACUCUACUGGCAAGUCAUCGCUAGAACCGAGUCAUUCCGCCUCCGCUCACCCGUCUCCGCCCUCUCCAACCCAACGCUCGCGUUUCCGCCGCUUCGUUGGAUUCACCUCAAUUGCCCUCUUCGCAUUCACCGUCGGUCUAACCUACCAAACCCAAAGAACCGUGUCACGCAUCAUGGCCGCCCCAAUCACCGACGAGGAAGUUCUGGCUGCAUACAUCGCCGGAGACUCGGUAACCGCGGAGAUCGAGAACACCCUCCGCACGCACCCUGUUGCAGAGGCUCUCCGCGCGAACCCCGAUUUCACCGAGGCACGCCCACACAUGAGCAUUCCGGAGGCUCUGCGCGUACGCAACCUGACAGCCGGCACACUGGCCGGGCCCGGAAAGAUCGUCGUGCCUCCAUACGUGUUCAGCGAGCGCGAGGGCAAGAGCAUGGUUUCGCUCAUGUACUUGGGCAGUGAUGUCUGUGGUCACCAGGGAAUUAUCCACGGUGGUUUACUGGCUACGUUGUUGGAUGAGGGUCUGGCGCGUUGCUGCUUCCCCGCGUUGCCUAACAAGGUUGGCGUCACGGCCAACUUGAACAUUGACUACCGGGCUCCUGCUAUGGCGAAUCAAUAUGUUGUCCUUCGUGCGGAGACUGUGAAGGUUGAGGGCCGCAAGGCGUGGGUAGAAGGCCGCAUUGAGACUCUCCCGGCUGACGGCAAGGACCCGCUAGUGCUGGUUGAGGCCAAGGCUUUGUUCAUUGAGCCCAGGCAAGCUGCUGCGCUGUCGAGUCUCUACAAGGUGGCGUGA